UGCACAGAUAAAUCCAAGUGUAGCGGAGCUGAAACUGUAGCAAUUUACGCAAAGAAGAAGAAAUGGCACAAAGCUCUCUCCCACCACCUGCCACCCAACCAGAACCUGUCAUACCCUCCGGAUCAGCUGUGUUUAAAACAAUACCAUAUGCUUUUAUCCUACCAGAGCUAGUGUUUGGAACCUGGGUCUGGAUCCUAGUUGCUGCCACCUCAGUGCAUUUUCCAUUGCUGCAGGGAUGGGUUAUGUACGUGUCAGUAAGUUCAUUUAUCAUCUCCCUGGCACUUCUGCUGGUUUACCUGUUUGGAUUUCACAGAAACAAUGAAAAUUGGAGAAUCAUGGAUAGUCUUUACCAUGGGACCACCGGGAUUUUAUACAUGAGUGCUGCAGCUCUACAAGCAAAUGCAACAAUCCGCUCUGAAACUGAAGUGCCAGCAGCCUAUACGCCUCAGUACUAUCAGAUCAAUGCUGCUGCCUCGUUCUUUGCCUUUAUCACGGCUCUACUAUAUAUUUUGCAUGCCUUCAGCAUUUACUACCAAUGAAGAUUGAUGGAAAGGAUAGAAGAUAGGUGUCAAAGAAACAGAGUAGCAACUUCUGGAAUUGUAUCUUUAAAACAAUGGCUUAUCUUGAUGAAGAACAGAGUUUGAAUGUAAAUGGCUCUCUGAGCCUGCCAUUGUUUUCUUUUAAGUUGAAAUAGUGUUUGUUUUGUAAGCCUGUACUGAAGUCCUCCUUUUUAUACAGUGUUGUGUGUUUUUGUCAGACAAUAGCAUAAUUUAGGAAAAGCUAAUUUCAAAUAUCUCUACCCAGAAUAUGACAGUUGCUCUUCCCAAUGUACCUGCUCUGGAGCCCACUGUCAUUUCCAAAGAUUUUCAGUCUUGUAUAGUCAUGGUGGAGAAUACAGGAAAUACCUUAUUGGAUAAUACAAAGCUCCCUUUAUUUUCUUAUGACACCUCUUCUGGAAUGGGUGGUUGUUUUAAUUUAGCUUCUCUCCUAAUCUGGGAUGAUUGUAACUGUAAUACUUCCCAGCUCCUCCAGCUUGGGUAGGCAAAUACUAGUCCACCAGGUGCUUAGCUGAACCCUUUUCCCACUCCUGCUUCCCCUGGAACAAUUUUGCUCUUGUGCAAAAAGCCACUGCAAGGUGCACAGAAGCCCUUGGGCUGAAGGUUCCAUAGACUCCCAUGGAGCAGGAUUUCACCCUCUGGUCAGAUUCCCAGUCUUGCUUUAGGAAGGACAGCCUCUAGUUUUCCACACAGAGGUCCUUAUUGAGAAAUAAGGAGGAGCAGAGGCAAAUACCAUUGCAUUUUCCACCCUGGCUGUGGCAGUGAGGCUGUGUUAAUUCAGGUUGGGAAGUUUCAGUGAGACACCCAAACAACAACUCUGUAAAGCGUGUGCAGAUAUGAAGGGUGGUUGUUAAUAAUAAAAGGUCUCACACACAGGUGUUUCUGUCACCUGUACAUGCCCCAUGCUGGCAUGCGAAGGCCAGAUGAUGCGCCAGAUUUUGGGUCCUCAGGGUGCCAGUUGCCCUGGGAACCCCUCAGUCAGACUACUAACUGAGGUGUCCCAUGGAGAGGUGUGUCCCUCACCCUCGCCAUCCAGAAAUUUGCUCUGAACCUGAUGAACAUGUUAUUCUUUAUUAUACACAACCAAUUUAUAAAUAAAAAUAUAAUAACAAUAGUAA